GGUGGUGACGGCUGCGCGUGCGCAGGCGCGCGAGGCACGGCGGUUUGAAGAGGCGGUUGCGGCCGGUGGAAGGUUGCGGCGUUUUGAACCCGCGGGGCGGUGGUGAGGGGGAGGGGUGGAGAAACGGCAGCCAUGGAGCAGCCCGCGCCCAAAAGGAUAUCUUUCACAAUCCAGCAAUUUAGAAAAAAGUAUCAUAUAAAGCUUCGCUAAUUUCUUCACUUCCUUCAAGAAUCGUGGAUAUAUGUUGUAUGAAACCCAUGUCAUCCAUAUCAACAAGUUGAAAAAACUGAGUGAAGACAGCCUCACUAAACAGCCGGAAGAGGUUUUUGAUGUGCUGGAAAAACUUGGUGAAGGAUCUUAUGGCAGUGUUUUUAAAGCAAUCCACAAAGAAUCUGGCCAAGUUGUAGCUAUUAAACAAGUGCCAGUGGAGUCAGACCUACAGGAAAUUAUUAAGGAAAUUUCAAUUAUGCAACAAUGUGAUAGUGCUUAUGUAGUGAAUUACUAUGGCAGCUAUUUUAAAAAUACAGAUCUGUGGAUAGUUAUGGAAUACUGUGGAGCUGGCUCCGUGUCUGAUAUUAUCCGUCUACGAAACAAAACGUUAAUAGAAGAUGAAAUAGCAACCAUUCUUAAAUCAACUUUGAAAGGAUUGGAAUAUUUACACUUCAUGAGAAAAAUCCAUCGAGACAUCAAAGCUGGAAACAUCCUACUGAACACAGAGGGACAUGCCAAGCUUGCUGAUUUUGGUGUCGCAGGACAGCUGACUGACACAAUGGCAAAACGCAACACUGUGAUCGGAACACCAUUUUGGAUGGCGCCAGAGGUGAUUCAAGAAAUUGGCUAUAAUUGUGUGGCAGACAUCUGGUCGCUGGGUAUCACGGCAAUUGAAAUGUCAGAAGGCAAACCACCCUACGCAGACAUCCAUCCAAUGAGGGCUAUUUUCAUGAUUCCCACCAAUCCACCACCAACCUUCCGGAAACCGGAGCUCUGGUCGGAUGAGUUCACGGAUUUCGUCAAGAAGUGUCUGGUGAAGAAUCCAGAGCAAAGAGCUACCGCUACACAACUCCUGCAGCACACCUUUAUUAAAAAUGCCAAAUCAGUCUCAAUUCUGAGAGAUUUAAUCACAGAAGCCAUGGAAAUCAAAGCAAAAAGACAUCAGGAGCAACAGAGGGAACUUGAAGAAGAAGAUGAGAAUUCGGAUGAAGAUGAAGUGGAUUCCUAUACCAUGGUGAAGACCAGCCCCGAGAGUACUGGGACCAUGAGGGCAACCAGUACCAUGAGUGAAGGUGCCCAAACUAUGAUUGAACACAAUAGCACUAUGUUGGAGUCCGACCUGGGCACCAUGGUCAUUAACAGCGAUGACGACGAGGAGGAUGGAACCAUGAAAAGGAAUGAAGCUCCAGAGCAGGCACAGAGACCAGCCUUUAUGGACUAUUUUGACAAGCAAGAGAAAAAGAAUAAACCCAUCGGAAAUUGUAACCAAAAUCUACAAGAGCCUUUCCACAAAGGAAAAAACCCUUUCCCUGAUAACUGGAAGGUACCGCAAGAUGGAAACUUUGACUUUCUGAGAAACCUAAGCUUCGAGGAGCUCCAAAUGCGGUUGACUGCACUGGAUCCAAUGAUGGAACGAGAAAUCGAAGACCUGCGCCAAAGAUACCAGGCUAAACGUCAGCCCAUCUUAGACGCCAUGGAUGCCAAGAAACGCAGGCAGCAGAAUUUCUAAUCCAACUUCGGGAGGUGUCACAUGCAUCCAGCCGAACUUUACACAAACUAGUCUUGAUAGCAUGCGGUCCUUUACCUAAAAAAAAUGUACUGUCAAGAUAUUUAAAGAACCAAAAAUGCUUAAACACUGGUAGAAUGAGAUGAGAAUCGACUAGCAUUAUGGUCGCUAACUAUGUACCAUUUAUCUAUUUCCUAUUGCUAUUUUGUUUCAUCUCCGCAGGUCAGAAGCCUAUAAUGAAAGUGCAAUAGAUUGUAAAUCGGUUGAUAACGCAGGUUGUUGUUGAAUGGUUUGGAACAGUUGAAGAAAUGGCCUCAAAUGAAGAAUCAGAGCCAAAAUGAAUUCUGUGGCCGGUACAAAGUGCUACAUAUACAGUGUGGCCACACUGAAUAAAAAAGGCAACAAGAAACACUAUUAAAAUACCUGAGGGGUGAAUCUCUGCUGGUUAGGAUUAAUUUACUGGUGAUGAUGGGGGGGAAGGAAACAAACGGGAUGGAAUGGGACAUCCUUCUCUUUGCUGAUCAGUAGUUAUUAACAUUGAGGGGGUGAGAUUUCCAAUUGUACAGUAAAAUUACGGCACCAUAGCUGUUAAACUUAGACCAGGGUGGAAUGAUACCCUUCACUUUGCCAAGGUUGCUAAAUUUGUGACCAUCUGAGAAUUUGUCCCUCUGAGAACGAGAAUGUAUCCUCACAAGUGGAUACAGUUGUACAUUAUUCGGAAUUGGUUUGUUUGGAGGGAUGUUAAUUUGACACUAUCCUAACUUGUGGCGUCUACAAGCUUCUUGUGACUUAUUCGAGAUAUUACAUGUCACUUCUAACAGUGUUUACUGUUACUUAAUAGAUGAGUUAAAUUGUGCACUACUGAUGUGAACUGGUCACACUGACCAGUGGUGGAGCUCCUACACAGCUUGGUAUGAUGUACUCAGCAGAGGUAAUGCUUUUGUACAGACCUAAUGCUGGAAAAAGAGUUGAACUCACAAGCAUUUGAACACUAAGUAAUGACCAGAACUUGUAGAACAUUAACCACUGCUUAAUAAAAGGCACAAGAGAAUUAGCAAUUACUUAAACUUAAUUGGGACCAGAUUCCCAGAAUACACAAGCUUAGAAAAGAUUGAGGUUCAUGUAUUUUCAUGUUGAUGCUGAUUUUAUAGAUGCACAGAAUGAUUGAGGAAAUCGAUGGGAACAUAUUUUUUCUUGAUGUCAAGUAAACCGUCUUAUUAAAAGUUUGUUUUUCAUAA